CUCACUGCUUCAUCUCUUGCAACUCAAAGCUUGCAGCCAAGAAACAGUAAGCUUUACAAGUAAAAAACAUGGCACCCCAUUAUCUUUUGUUAGGAUUUCUGGUUGCAACUUGUUCUGUUGCUUUAGCAUCGGACCCAAGUUCUCUUCAGGAUUUUUGUGUUGCCGACCCAAAAAGCCUUGUGCUAGUGAAUGGCCGUGCUUGCAAAGAUCCCAAGCUAGCACAAGCAAAUGAUUUCUUCUUCAGUGGACUUCACUUAGCUGGGAAUACGUCAAAUCCAGUGGGAUCCCAAGUCACUCCUGUCAAUGUGGUUCAAAUUCCAGGGCUUAACACUCUUGGAAUUUCCUUGGUUCGUAUAGACUAUGCGCCAUUGGGCAUCAACCCACCUCACACUCACCCUCGAGCAACAGAAAUUUUAACAGUAAUUGAAGGCACCCUUGAGGUCGGAUUCGUCACCUCCAACCCUGAAAAUCGCCUCAUUACCAAAAAGAUUCAAAAGGGUGAUGUUUUCGUGUUCCCCAUUGGUCUUAUCCACUUUCAGCGCAAUGUGGGAAAUGGAAACGUAGUUGCCAUUGCAGCUCUCAGCAGUCAAAAUCCCGGAGUAAUCACCAUUGCAAACACAGUCUUUGGUUCGAAUCCAGCCAUUCCCAGUGAUAUUCUUGCUAAGUCAUUCCAAGUGGACACUAAAACUGUGAAAAUGAUACAGUCAAAAUUCUAGACUUCCUUAGGUCGAAGAUUAGCAUGUGUGAGGAUAAAUUGUUUGUCAUCGCCGUGUGAUACAUUUGGUAAUUCUUUGUUUUUGUUGUCUUUCUUGAUUGUGAAGAAUAAUGAAAUGGCAUUGUCUUCUAUCAA